AUGUCAUUCAAAGAAUUAGGAGUCGCAAGAUGGCUCAGUGAAGCCCUAGAUGCUAUGAAAAUCUAUACCCCAACUGCUAUUCAAUCAGCCUGUAUACCCGCAAUUCUCAAGGGGCAUGAUUGUAUUGGGGGAGCAAAAACCGGUAGUGGUAAAACCAUCGCCUUUGCUGCACCUAUGAUGACACAAUGGUCAGAAGAUCCAUUUGGGAUUUUUGGAUUGGUGCUUACACCAACUCGAGAAUUAGCUCUUCAGAUUGCUGAACAAUUUGCGGCAUUAGGUGCCAAUAUGAAUAUUAAAGUGAGUGUGAUUGUUGGUGGGGAGGAUAUCGUGAAACAAGCACUUGAAUUACAAAAGAGACCACAUUUUGUGAUUGCUACUCCUGGAAGAUUGGCUGACCAUAUUUUAAAUAGUGGGGAGGAGACUAUUAAGGGGUUGAAGAGUAUUAAAUAUUUAGUGCUUGAUGAGGCUGAUAGAUUGUUGAGUAAUAGUUUUGCUAGUGAUUUGGAACGAUGUUUUAAAGUGUUACCAUCCGGUGAAAAGAGACAGACUUUGUUGUUUACUGCUACUGUUACUGAUGCAGUACGUACUUUGAAAGAUAAACCUACACCAAAGGGGAAAUUACCCGUGUUUAUGCAUGAAGUUGAAACAGUAGAUAAAGUUGCUAUUCCAUCUACUUUAAAAAUCAAAUAUGUAUUUGUACCUUCAUAUGUCAAAGAAGCAUAUUUGAAUAGUAUACUUAAACUUGAUCAAUAUAAGGAUUCCACCGCGGUUAUAUUUGUGAAUAGAACCAUAACUGCCGAAGUCCUUCGUCGUACUUUAAGAAAACUUGAAUUUAGAGUUGCAUCGUAUGUAAGUGUUUACGGAGUUCGACUUGCAUAUUUGAGGAAUGUAUCUAAGUUUCGCGGUGCAGCUAGGAUUCUUAUUGCUACAGAUGUUGCAUCUAGAGGGUUAGAUAUUCCAAGUGUUGAAUUAGUGGUGAAUUUCGAUAUUCCUGCCGAUCCAGAUGAUUUCAUUCAUAGAGUAGGUAGAACUGCAAGAGCAGGUAGAAAGGGGGAUGCGAUCUCGAUUUCCGAUGAUAAAGUUAUCAAGGAGUCUUUGACUACAACUUCGGUAGCUAAGCGUGAAUCAAUGAUGGAGAUGGAUAAAGAAAACUUUGGGGAACGUAGAAAGAUCAACAAGAGAAAACAUGGGAAGGAAGAACCAGUUAAGAAGUUUAACAAGAAGACUAAAGCAUAG